CCGUGGCGCUCUAUGGCACUCCGCGUCGCCUAGGCGACGGCGGCCGGGCAAGAUGGCGUCGGCGGUGCGGGCCGGGCGGCGGCUGCGGCAGGCGGUGGAAGGCGGCGAGCUGGCGGGGCUGCCCGCCGGUCUGCGGGCCGAGCUGGAGGCGGCGCUGGCCUCCGAAGGCGCCCUGGUGGCCUUCAGCCUGCUGCGGAGGCUGCACGCCGCGCUGCGGGAGGCAGGGUCCCCGUUGUACCUACACGAGCUCCUGGAAGGCAGCGAGAUCGACCUGCCCGAGGUGCCGGUGCCGCCGCGGAACCCCGAGCUGGUGGCCCGGCUGGAGCGGAUAAAAGCCAAGCUGGCCAACGAGGAGUACCGGCGAAUGACCCGCAACAUCACCGGCCAGGAGAUGAAUGGGACGUUGGCUGAAUUUGGGAGGCAAGUUCGCUCUGUUAAAGCCGUUGUCAUCACCAUAUUCAACUUCAUUGUCACCGUGGUGGCCGCCUUUGCCUGCACGUACCUGGGCAGCCAGUACGUCUUCGUGGAGACCGCGGCGGUGAGUGAGCCCGCAGCCUUGGAGCACACUUGUGGCACGCUCUGGGCUGGCCAGGCAGGAGCGGCAGCUCGACCGCACGCGCAGCGUCACUUAUCUCUCUUUUUGUGUCCCCAGCGUGUCCUGUCAGCGGUAAUUGUGGCCUCGGUGGUUGGCUUGGCCGAGCUGUAUGUAAUGGUGCGGACCCUUGAAGGGGACCUUGGGAAACUAUAAUCGCACGCGUCCCUGUGAACUGCGGCCCUCGUGCUGGAGGCUUUUGCCCUCCCGAGGAGUCAUUAAUUUGGGGCAGGUUUAUCUUCUACCAUCUGUUUGUACCUGCUCCUGCUAGCGGGAAGGCUGCUGCGUUCGUCAGGCCUUGUCCUUUGCUCCCCGCUCCUUAACGUUCCUGAAAUGAAUCGUGGAUUAAAAAUCCUGCAGCUGCAGAACAGAAGAGGGAACAGCUGUGGACUCUCACCACCCCAACACAGAGAGGGGCGUUAGCUCCCACCAUUCCCGUUCUCCUGCGAAGUUGCUGUCCUUUUAUUCUGGAAAUAAAUAACAUUGUGUGUUUGCAA